AUGGCUAACCCAAGUAACAGAUCUACACCGACAAUGUCCACAGACUCCUUGGAGCAGAAGGGACAAAAUAUUACUGAAUCAAAUGCAGGCAUAAUUCAGUGUCCUUUAAGCCAGCAACACUGUAGCUCUUUAGAUGGCCCAGUUUCUAUCCUUUGGGAUAUUGAAAAUUGUCCUGUUCCGAGUGAUGUACGCCCAGAAGAUGUAGCUGGUAAUAUAAGAAUGGCUCUGCAAGUGCACCCGGUAAUUAAAGGAGCUGUUAUGAUGUUUUCUGCUUACGGGGAUUUCAACGCUUUCCCCAGGCGACUUAGAGAGGGCUGUCAAAGAACUGGUGUUAAACUCAUUAAUGUUCCCAAUGGGAGAAAAGAUGCGGCUGACAAAGCGAUCUUGGUUGACAUGUUCUUGUUUGCUCUUGACAAUCCUCCACCGUCCUCUAUCAUGCUAAUCUCUGGAGAUGUUGAUUUUGCUUCAGCCUUCAUCAGAAUGUCAUUACACGCCUUCAUUUUUUGA